CACGUAGAGCUCGGGUUUGCAUUGGCCUACAACUUGCCAAAGAGCAGCUUUCUUUUUGUUUGAUCGCUUCCGCCUGCUUUAUUUCUGGUAUCCUUGCGACCGUGUUUUCAAUGAAGUGAAGCACAGAGAGGAUGGUGGAAGAUUUUGUCUCUCAAUAACGGCACAAAAAGACUGCAUUUUCUCAAAUUAUGCUCCAGCAUUCAAAAUGAAGACGAUUGUGCUGUUUGGGUUUGUGCUGGGUGCACUCUCUGCUGCAGGCGAAGUGUUCGUUGCAAAACCAGGAGAGAAAGCCAAGUUAAAGUGUGGGGCCACCACGGCCACGGGCAGCCUAACAUGGAAGCGCCAAGAUGAACUGAUUAUUCACGUUGAGGGGAAAAGUGGCUUCUCUCGCAAAGGCAAAGGCGACAUUGUUGGAAGGGUAAAGGUGACGGGCACAGUUCUGGAGAUUUCUGCAGUGAAGGAAGAAGAUGCUGGAGAGUUCACUUGCAGUGCAGAUGGGAACACUCAGUCACACACCCUCUUUGUGGUCUCAGUCUCGGCGAGCCCCCCUGGUGAACUCUACUUGGGCAGCGAAGUUACGCUCAAUUGUCAGGUGAAAAAUACAUUCCCAGAACUUCAAGUGCACUGGAAGAGGCCAGAUGGAAGUCCACACUUGAUUUCUGCCACAGUUCAGCUGAAACCUGUGGCCCACUCACAUGCAGGGACCUGGACUUGCGAGUUCACCCACAAGGGCAAGUCACACAAUGUGAGCCUGGACAUCAAAGUUAAAGAGCCCCCAACAACAACACUUGCACCAAAAGUCUCUUCCCAAAGCUCAAAGGACAUCAGUAAGACGUCCUGUGUCAAAUGUAAACCUACACCCAACAAUGAUCUGCUGGGGCUCAAGUGGUGGAUGUGGAUUAUAAUUGGAGUUGGCAGCCUGAUUGUGGUCCUCCUGAUCAUCUUUGUCAUUUGUAUGUACAAGAGGUUCAAAAGAAGGAAGAGAAGAUUGCAAAAACUGAAGAACAGCCGCCAGCCACUGACCAACGAUUACUGCCAGUGUAACCGCCCAACAGCUGCAGCAAAAACUCAGCAAGGACGCCGGAGAGAGAAGCCAUCAGACCUCCUCCCUGCAAGGCUCUCUAAUGGAGUGAUAUGAAAGAACGAUCGAAGAAAUUAGAGAUAGACGACAAAAGGAAAGCAGAAUGAGAGAGGGAGGGUGAGGGGAGGAGAAAGAGAGAAAUAGAUAGAGAUGAAGAGAGAGCGAGUGAAAGAGAGCCCCCUGUUUGAAUAUGGUAUGAAUGUAAAAGUGUAAAUGGGCUUUUGAAUGCUCUCAGUGAAAAUAAAAAUCAAAUGUAAUGAUAUUGGCACUUUGAGAUUUUUUCACCAAAUAUAACCAGGGAACUGAAUGCAAAUAGGCUCUUCCACUGCAAGAGAGAGCAGCAACAGUAAAUGUGUUUUUUUUUUGUUUGUUUGUUUUGUUUUUUCUCCUUUGUGCAUCAUAAUACUGUCCUUAUAUACAGCAAUGUCAACGUCUAAUGUACUGCCUCCCAUCUUAAAUAUCAGCUUAUGCAUUUUACAGUUGGGCCUUCUUUUCUCAUGUGUUUCUGUGCAUUGGAAUGAUGUUCAUGUAUAUCUUCAUUUCUGUAGAUUGUAAAUGAAAAGAAUAAAGUACUAUACUGAAAAUUUUA